GGACAUGAUGUUCACACACAUUAGCUGUGGUGUAAAAUGGAGCAUAUUGACUUCCAGUGACAACAGACGCUGCUUAAAUCCCCCUCUCGGCCCCAUUCUACAUCAGCUAGAGCAGGCUGAGGCUGGACACUGACGAGCAUUUACUCGGGUGUGUGUGUCUCUCUCUGUGUGUGUGUGUGUGCGCUGACACUCUGAUACCCAAACGCACUGUGCGUGUGCGCCGUACCGUGCCGUGCUUUGCCGCUCAUCGCCUAUGUAGGCAAAGGGAAAGGCUUAACGGACCGCAAGCAGGCAGGCAGGCAGGCAGCGACGAACCCGGCUCAUUAAAAUCUCGUCUGCAGACCCUCCGCCGGUCGCGCGCAUUACUACAGCUCCUCGCGGUGCUGCUGGUUCCGCCGACGGACCCCAAAGCGCAGAGUGACACAGGCGCGCGCUAACGGUGUGGAGGAGAGGGCACCCGCUCGGUACAAUAUGGAACCGAACCCAAGCCGUUAAACGGUUCAGACACACACACACACACACACACACACACACACACACACACACACACACACACACAGCAGCUGUGAGGGGGAGGCCAAACGUUGGGGAGGGUAACGGCGACAUGGCGGCAACCGGCAAGAUCUGAACUUUGGAGGAGCCGCUGUGAGGAUUAUUGUACGGCCCCACAAUCUGACCGGUACAGCGAGGAACGGGAUCACAGUCUGCAUCGGUGUGUCAGAGGGACAGUCCGAGGUAUGGCGCGCGGUGACAGUCGUUUGGGGACCUGGCAGGUGCUACUGACCAUCUCAAUGGUCAUCAUCCCCCUGUCUGCUCACGGGAGGCAUUCACUGACCAGGGGCCAUCAUCACCACAACCAAUCAUCUAUCAACAAGGAGGCCAUGAGCACCAGGAUGGUACUCAGUGAUGACUCGGCAGAGAGGGAGCACUUGAUUGGAGCGGGGCUCGGGAUCGGGGCUAAACUCCCACUCAGCUCCACCAAACAUCACCAUUCUCAUAACAAGCACGCCCACCUAGACUUCGUAGAAGAGGACCCACCUGUUGGAGAGGAGCUCACUGCCGGAGGGGCGGGUCCAGACCAGCCCGGAAACUCCUUGUCUGAUGACGUCAUCACCGUGGAGUUUCACAGCCCUGCACCAGAUAUUGAGCCCUCUGAUGUUGCUCUAGAUUGGGCCAAAGCUCCAAAACCUCAGAAGCAAAAAGGUGGAGACCCUACUGCAUGGACGCUUUCUGACUUUUACGACUACCUGUCCCCUGAUGACGACCUCUCGGCGUUAGAUGCUACCCCAGAACCUGAGCCUACCCCUUCACCCCCGGCCGACAUGGAGGACGAGAAUCCGCUCCUGGCUGGUUCUCCUGCUGUUCCUGACAGUGUGAGGCCCGACGUGGAUAGCGGGCCCUCCUUAACAGCUCCUCCCAUGCCAGGCCUGGAAAAGGGUGAUGGGUUAGGGUUAGGUGGUGCCAUGGGGUCUGAUGGCUGCAGGCUGGGCUUUGUGCGCUCUGGUCCUGGGGUUUGUGUGUCUCAGUGUGACACUGAACCCAAUUUCUGCUUCAAUGGAGGAGUGUGUACCGUGGUGGCAGGGAUGGGAGCCUUCUGUAGGUGCAAUGUGCAGGACUACAUCUGGAACAAGGGCACGCGUUGUGAUUGGGCGGUCACAGAGUUCCAGGUGAUGUGCGUGGUGGUGGGCGUGUCCUCCCUGGUGCUCAUCCUCCUCUUCAUGAUCAUCGUAUUCUUUGCUAAGAGGCUGCACCGCCUCAAGAAUGAGAACAAGCGCCUUCGCAAACGCAGUAAGUACCGCCCACAGAGCAGCGAGCCACAGACGGAUGGCCUCUCAGUUUCCACAACAGCCGACGGCUCGCAGCCAAAUGUAAGGAAACUGUGUGACACCCCUCCGCCCGCUCCCCAAGCUCACACUCACAACCUGGCGUACUAUGACAACAUUAUCUGUCAGGAUGAGCCUCAGAAGCAGCUGGAGGACCCAGCAAAGUCCCCGCAACCCAAGGAAGAGGGCUCAAUGAACAUCCUCAACUCCCAUUCACCCAAACACGAGAACAACCGCCCAACCUCUGUCGUCCAUGACCAAGCCCACACCCCUAACAACACAGAGGAAAAUGCUGAGGAUGGAGUCACUAUUGGCCUGGAAGUGCUCCUCCCCAAAGACGCCAAGCACCACACAGAGACCAGUUCACCCCUUCAGUAUGACGUCUUCCUCUACAAGGUUGCCAACAAUGGAGACUCUGCCUCUCCCAGCAAAGCCCCUCCCACUCACAGCACCAACUCUUACUCCUCCUCUCAUCCCAUGCCCAAAUCACCCAAAACACCUAAGACACCCAAGUCAUCCAAGGUGCCUAAGUCACCCAAACACGCCAAGGAACACCUACCCAGUCACCGUGAACCCUUAUCUGGGAGGCAUUCCUCACCUGGUCGCCACCCAUCACCCGGUCGCCACCCAUCACCCGGUCGCCACCCAUCACCCAGUCGCCACCCAUCACCCGGUCGCCACCCAUCACCCGGUCGCCACCCAUCACCCGGUCGCCACUCUGCGCCUGGAAGCUAUUCUUCCCCCAUUUGCCAUCCAUCAUCCCACCACUCUCCCUCCCAGUACAAAUGCAUACCAACCUCCCCCUCCACCCCGCCUCAGUUACGCCGGCCCAGAGGUCGGUCGCAAGCUUCCAGCUCAGUGUGCUCAGGGACUGGGAGAGAGUACCAGAGUGCACACCUUCGUCCAUCCCCCUCAUCCCCUCACCUCACCCAGCCACCUCCAUCACCUUCUAGGAUGAAGUACAGCCCAGUCAGCACCCGGUCCCUGCCACCACUCUCCUGACCAGGCCUCCACCAAGCCUGGUGUCCAUACAUUGAAAUCUUUCAUAAUCUAAUCAAUCCAGCAAUCUGUGCUCUAACCCUUUUAUUACUGAUAUAUAGAUCAUUUAUCCAUCCAUCUAUCACCCAUCUUUGCACCCCGCCUUCCCACAUUUAUACCCAGAUGACAAGCACACCACCUGGUCUUGGUCCAUGGAGCCAGAAAACUAGAACUGGGACAGCUCUGCAUACACCACACUCUCUCUAACUCAGACAUGGAUGCACCAAAAUGCACGCAUAAAACACUGCAUAGUCACUGCAGCCAAACAAUCACACCUUGGUAAAUAACAACCUCUCAAAGCUCAGGUUACUGCUCACACAAGCACAAAAUGAACCGCUAAACGUGAACACGCUCUCCUAGCACGGUGCCAACGUCAGCGUCUGCUGAGGAUAUAGUUCAUAAAGGUUUCGUAGAGGUUUACUACAUUAGCGUUAGUGUUAUCAAUGGUUUAUAUAAAUCUUUUGCUAUUCAGUGUGUGUAAGAUUAUUUCAUGUUUUCACAGGCUUUUUUGGUAUGUUUUUCAUGUUUCUAAUCCUCAAUAAAUAGAUAACACAACAAA